UUAUUAUUAAGAGAAAAAGUACCGCUUGGCUACGCAUCCACGAAACAAGGUCGGUUUCUUCCACAGUCUACACGCGAAAUAAGGUGGGUAAAGCACUAACUGAACUGGAAGGGCUUGAAAAAUGGCUGUAGCGAGAGAAGCUUCUCUCAACCAUAUCUCGAGAGAAUCAUCGGAUAUUAGGCGCCUUGCUAACUUCUACAAAGAGAUCUUUGGGUUUGAGGAGAUUGAGAGUCCAGAUUUCGGAGAAUUCAAAGUUAUAUGGCUUAAUCUCCCUCAAGCAUUCUCUCUCCACCUAAUAGAGAGAAGCUCUAUCACGAAGCUUCCGGAAGGCCCGUACAGCGCCACUUCACCGGUUCUUGAUCCUAGCCAUCUCCCCAGAGGCCAUCAUAUCUGCUUCUCCGUUUCCAAUUUCGAUUCCUUUGUUCAAACUCUCAAGGAUAAGGGAAUUGAAACAUUUCAAAGGUCUGUUCCUGGUCGACCAAUUAGGCAGGUCUUCUUCUUUGAUCCUGAUGGUAAUGGAUUGGAGGUUGCAAGUCGUGAUGGAUAAAAUUGCACUCCACUCAGGAAUGUGGUUAAUGUAUAAUGGAGUAGAAGAGGGAAAGAUAAAUAAACAAGAGUAAUAAUUUGUACUGAGAUUUCCAAAAUGUGCUGUGAAUUUUUGUUUUUACUUUUGAGCUGUUGUUUGUGUUUUGUAUCUCUACUUCUCCAUUAGACAAAUAACAAUCACUUAAUCAAAUUAUUACAAUUUUAAUAUA